CGCCCGUGGCGGUGCAAGUGCCCGGCAUGCAGAACCAUAGAGCAGACCCAGAAGAGCUCUUCACGAAACUGGAACGCAUCGGGAAAGGCUCCUUUGGUGAGGUCUUCAAAGGAAUUGAUAAUCGGACACAGCAAGUGGUUGCCAUCAAAAUCAUCGACCUGGAGGAAGCAGAAGAUGAAAUAGAAGACAUCCAGCAAGAGAUAACUGUGCUCAGUCAGUGUGACAGCCCCUAUGUAACCAAGUACUAUGGAUCAUAUUUGAAGGGCACAAAACUAUGGAUAAUAAUGGAAUAUUUGGGUGGAGGGUCAGCUUUGGAUCUUCUGCGUGCUGGCCCCUUUGACGAGUUCCAGAUUGCUACCAUGCUAAAGGAAAUCUUGAAAGGUCUUGACUACCUACACUCAGAGAAGAAAAUUCACAGGGAUAUCAAAGCUGCCAAUGUGUUGUUAUCAGAACAAGGUGAUGUUAAGCUUGCUGAUUUUGGAGUUGCUGGGCAGCUGACAGACACACAAAUUAAGAGGAAUACCUUUGUUGGAACUCCUUUUUGGAUGGCCCCUGAAGUUAUUCAGCAGUCAGCCUAUGACUCUAAACGCCCCACUGCAAAGGAGCUCCUGAAGCACAAGUUCAUCAUGAAGAACGCCAAGAAGACUUCCUACCUGACGGAGCUGAUCGAUAGGUUUAAGAGGUGGAAAGCAGAGGGACAUAGUAGUGAUGAAAGUGACUCUGAUGGGUCAGACUCGGAGUCCAGUAACAAGGAAAACAACUCUCACCCUGAGUGGAGCUUCACGACAGUUCGGAAGAAGCCGGAUGCAAAGAAGCUGCAGAACGGGACGGAUCAGGAUCUUGUUAAAACCCUGAGUUGCUUAACCAUGAUAAUCACCCCUGUGUUUGCUGAGCUCAAACAGCAGGACACAAACAAUGCAAGCAGAAAGAAAGCAAUUGAGGAACUUGAGAAAAGCAUCAACAUGGCAGAAGCAACGUGCCCAGGAAUCACAGAUAAGAUGGUGAAGAAACUCAUGGAGAAAUUUCAGAAGUUUUCUGUUAAUGACUCAUCCUAAGAACCUUCCCCUAAGUGACUGCUGUUUCAUAUGGACCCAGUGAAACCCACCAAAACUACUUCAAGCUUGGCAGUGCUUAGCUCAUGAGCUCCUUGUGCCUUUUUGGAUCUUUGCAACAUAUUAUUGACGGCGAUUCGAGGAUUUGGAAGAACCUCCUCUCAACUAUUUUGUGGCAGUGCACAUGGUUUUUCUAUAUUUUCAGGAGAUUAUUUUGUAAAGGACAACUUUUAAUAUUGUAGUUUCACCUGUUUGGAAUCUGAGGAAAAUGUCCAGGUGCAGUUUUGCUUUUAGGAAUAGGACCAUGACCUUUAGUUCCUCUAGGAAUGUGCAAGUGCAGUCUGGUUUUUGAUGCUGUUUUGUUCCUGUACAUGGGGGCUGUACAGGGUCUUCUUUUGUAUUAAUGAGUUCCAAAAAACCUUUUGUAAAUCACUAACAAAGCUUCAGAGAAAAUCAGC